AAAAUACAGUUUUUAAUUGUUCAAACAGAAUUGGACGUGAAUCUUCUCUGAGUUUAGUUUUAUUUUAUUUUGUGUGUGCUGCUGUGUUUCUGUUGCAGCUGGUUUCAGUCUUCCUCCUCCUGGCUCCAGUGUUGACCUGCUGCUUACCUCUCGUCCUCCCGCUGGACUGCAGUGACAUCCAUAACAAUGACAACAGCCAACUCAGUGGAGUGUACACCAUCUAUCCCAUCGGAGCCACGUCUGCUGUCCAGUUUCUCUGUUUCUUUGUGGAUGUAAACAUGAUGGAGCUUCCUCACAGCAGUCCGAGCAGUCCGAGCUUGCAGCUGUGUGACAGGGAAGGCACAGAGUCUGCAGACAGUGGCAUCGGGGAUCUGGACGACCUGCCGGUUCCCCAGCAGAUCCGCAUCAGUAAUAUCACCUGUGAUUCAUUCAAGAUCAGCUGGGACAUGGACAGCAGAGGCAGAGACAGGAUCACACACUACUUCAUCGACCUAAACAAGAAGGAGAACAAGGAGUGCAACAAGUUCAAACAUAAGGACGUGCCGACUAAACUUGUGGCGAAGGCGGUUCCCUUGCCGAUGAUGGUGCGAGGCCAUUGGUUCCUGAGCCCUCGGACCGAGUACACUGUGUCCGUCCAAACAGCUGCCAAACAACCGGAUGGAGAAUACUCUGUUUCUCAGUGGAGUGAAAUCAUUGAGUUCUGCACCGCAGAUUAUUCCACAGUCCAUCUGAACCAACUGCUGCAGAAAGCCGAGGCGAUUGCCAGCAGGAUGCUGCCGUUCACUGUCUUCUAUCGUAACCAAGAGAAGGACUAUUUCCAGCAAGCCAGCCCCUCUUAUCGCUCCAGGGACGAUCAGUGCUGCCGCAUGCUGCCAGCGGUUAAAGACAACAGUGGCAGCCACGGGUCACCCAUCAGCGGCAAACUGGAGGGAAUCUUCUUCAGCUGCAACACUGAGUUCAACACAGGGAAACCUCCUCAGGACUCCCCAUACGGACCCUACCGCUUCCAGAUCCAAGCAGACGUCCUCUUUAACCGGAACACCAACAUCUACUUUGGGGAUUUUUACUGCAUGUAUACAUCGUAUCACUAUGUUAUUGUAGUCCUAGCUCCUGAUGGCUCCAAAGGAGAUGCCUUCUGUAAAGGAAGGUUACCAGCUCUGGACAGAUCCAACAACUGCUUCCUAACCUGCACUGAGGAAGACAGUGGCUUGCUGUCUUUCCAUCAUGCCCAGGACGUCAUACUGGAGGUGAUCUACACAGAGCCGGUGGAUCUGUCUUUGGGGACGGUAGCACAGAUCAGUGGGCACCAGCUCAUGAGCCUGUCCACCUUCAAUGCCAAGAAAGAUCCCAGCUGCAAAAUCUGCAACAUUAGUGUGGGACGUUAGUCAGAUCUUUGACUGAUAACCAGCUAACCUGCUUAUCACUGACUGGAAGGUAGCUAACAAGCUAAUAACUUAGGUCCCACUCUACAUGGAAUGACUGGCUAGCUAGAUGCUAGCAAUGCCUGACUAGCAAGCAAGCAAUACAUUUAUUUUUUUAACUUAACAUAUUCUAUUAUAUGUUAUUUUUAUAUAUUAUUUCACAGUGGUCAUCCACAAUUCAUUGAACUAUAACUUAGAAGUGAUC